AUGCCUAUCUUAUCAACAGCCUUCGAACUGAUACGGUCGCUAUGGCUCAAGACGCUUCUAUUUGUUGCUCGCCCUCUCAUUCCUCGAUUGUUACCCGAUCCUUACAUUGCAGCUGGCCAUGAGCGUGUCGCAUCGAAGCCUGUUCAUCAAAGUCGAGUGACCAUGACAGAAAUACUUGCUGCUCAGCAUUGCAACGCCAAAGGUUUGGCCAACGCUGGUACCAUAUUGGGAUGGAUUGAUGUAGCUGCAGGCAUAGCAGCAAAACGUCAUGCAUUGGCACCAUGUGUAACACGAUCUGUGGAUGAUGUGGCAUUCUUGCAUACAGUGCAAAUUGGCGACAUUUUAACCAUCCAGGCGUCUGUCAACAAGUCAUGGAAGACAUCGAUGGAGGUGGGCGUGAAAGUGGAAGCAGAGACACCUCUGACGGGAGAACGAUUCUUUGUUGCACAUGCGUAUUUGACAUUUGUUGCAUUAUCGCCACGACCCCACCCCAAGACCUAUCUCGGAUCCAUCCUGAUUGAGCAUUUGCCGACACGUGUUCCCGAAAUCAUUCCACACACUGCCAUGGAGAAAAAGCGAUACGAGAUGGCUGAGAAACGUCGACAAGCUCGCUUUGCCAAAAAGCCAACCAACCUUCAAAAUAUCAGGGACUUGAUGCGAGAUUGGUCUCAGGGAUUGAAAGAACACGACGACGCUUAUAGCAGUGCACAGAUACGAUCUCAUCCUGCUCUUUACGCCAAUGAUGAUGUGAAUGACCACGUGCUCCAAUCAACCGUUGCCAAUGAUCUACAUCUCAACAAGCGAAGGUAUUCCACCGAUCCAACCUUGAUCCAACAAGCAGCUGAGGAGAAAAAGAUGGAGGUGACAUUUGCCGAAUUGGUCGAGUUGGUGAUGCCACAACAUGCCAAUACCUUGAGUAUUACUUUUGGUGGUCAAAUUAUCGCUUGGAUGGAAGCUGCUGCUUUGGCCAGUGCAAAUCGAUUGGCUCGCGCUUAUUUAUUGACUGCAAGUGUGGAUUCAUUGAAUUUUAUUACACCAACCAAAGUCGGUGAUGUGGUGACUAUUCGAUCUAUUGUAUCACGAACUUAUACAUCAUCCAUGGAAGUCUAUGUCAGCGUGGAAUCAGAAAACUUGCAAACGACAGAGACCCGUUUUACAAAUGAUGGAUUUUUCACGAUUGUGGCUAUUGACAAUGACAACGUGCCUGUCAAAAUUCCACGUGCCAUUCCUGAUUCGGAUGCAGAGAUACAACUCCUUGAAGGUGGAUCAGAACGACGAUCCAAGCGAUUGGCACAAAGGCUUGAGGUAGUGAAUUUAGUGAAUGAUUCGACGGGUGAUGGUAAUAUUAGCCCGAGUCAAAUGCCCAUGUCACCCUCGUAG